AAUCGUCAACCGUGCCAGCUAGUGUGUGGAAGUUUGUGCUAGUGCGUUACUUUAUAAUCAAUCGGUUUGUACAUUAUAAUAGAAAUGUUUCUUCUUAAAUGUAUUGAAGAUGGAUCUUACUGCGUCGUUGAUAACGAAGCGGUAAUUUACGAUGAAAAAUCUGUUAAAAAAAAGGAUAAAGUGACUUUUUUUUACAACAAAAAGGAAUACGAAGGAGAGGUUAUAAUAUACUCAGAUGAUCAAUCUGUGAUCGAUAAACAAUUUGAAAAGAUAAAAAAGGACAUGAAGAUAAGCAAGAAGUCUAAAAAAGAUCGCAAAACCGAUCAUGAUCCGUCUACUCAACAAAAUACAAAGUCAAGCCAGCGAAAAAAAUCCAAUGCUGAUAUCUCUAAUAAUAUGCCGCCGAAAAAGAAAAUAAAGAUCGAAAAACCAUCACCAGAAUCGAAAGACAUUAAUAGGAAAAUACUACGUCCGUCAAAUUUAAAAGUUAAAAAUAACGAAAAAGAGUACGAACUUUCUGAAGAUCUGGAUGUUCACCGUGAUUUAUAUACGGACAAUUUAAAUAAUAAUUCUGUAGACCUCAAGAAAAGAUCAAAUGAAAAAUUAAGAUCUACAGUAUCUAAAAUUCUCGCUGAUACCAGUGAAACGAGCGAAAGCUCUAGUGCAUCAAUUUCGGUUGAAUCAAUUUCAUCAGUAAAUAGCUCCUAUUCUAAUUCUGGAAAUCAAAGUCCAACAAAGGAAGAAUUGAAGCAAAUUAUUCGAGAACUUCAGAAAAAAAAUUCUGAAAUAGAAACUGAAAAAUCAAAUAAAACUGAAAAAUCAAAUAAUUUUUCAAAUAAAAGUAUUGAAAAAUCGUCUUCGUUCCCGUCACAGGAUUGUAAUAAGGAAAAAAAACUCGAUGUUUCUAUAUCUAAUCGCCCAAACGAAAUCUCGCUAAGCAUUAAAAAAAAAAUUACGUCUGAUCAAGAAGACAAAUGUGAAAUUGAAAAAAAAAAUUAUCAACUUUUUGGUGCAAAUUGUGGAGACACGAUGGUUUUGCUUUCUAACGGAAUAUAUUGCAAAAAAAGAAUACUUAAUACUGCAAAAAGUAUUGCGAAAAAACCAAAGCAUUUUGCACGUCAAUUAAUGGCAGGAGUGUUCACGCCGGAAGCCUUUUUAAAUUGUACUUAUAAAGGGCAGGCUCCGAGAGCUCAUGGCAAAGAGAGAGCCAAAAUUCCAGUUGAUUGUUUAGACUUUGACGCAAAACAAGCGAUUCUUGAUUACACGGACAUGGAAGCUAAAAAACGCACUGAUUGGGAAGUACAAACUCGUAAUGACAUAGAAGAAGGCAUGUCUAAUAAAUUCAACGAAGAGAGAAGUGCGCUUUUGAAAAAUAUAAAAUCUAACAGCCAAUAAUUAUCUUUAAUUUUUUUAAAUUUUGCAUAACGAUACUUUUGUUCUUUUAAUUUGACAUUUAUUCGUAACCAAUUUCAAAAUCUGAGAGCAAAAAAUGUUUAAAAUUUUUUUUUAAUUUUGCAUAGUAUACUUUUUAAGUUGACAUUUAUUUGUGAUAAAAAUUUGUAUUGAUUGAUAAAUAUUUUUAUAAUAAUAAACAAAAUAUUCUUAAAUUUUUGA